CGCGUCCCAGCUGCGGUGGGGGAGGGGAGACAGCGCCAAUCUUGCUGCGUCGAGUAUCCCAGAAUUCCCAGCGGCCGCGGGGAAAGUUUACAGGACGUAGGCGGCGGCGGUAGCUGUAGCGGUUAUUCGGCGGCCCGCGGCGGAUCAUGGCCCUGGCCGGGUGUCCCUGGCCUCCCCUCACGGAGUCCUCGGGCUGCGUCACUGAGCGGGCAGACUUCCGGGAAGGAACUGACAAGCGACUGAGCGGCGGCCGGCGCGCUUAGCGCCCCGAACAUGCGGCAGUCCCUGCGGGCGACCCCGGGCUGCGGAGAGGCGGCGGCGGCGGCGGCGGCUCGGGAGGGAAGGAGGCGGAGGCGCCGGUGGAGGUGGCGGCGGGAACGGCCGGCGCCAGGCUCGGAGCCCUAGGGAGGCGCGGUCUGGGGCCUCGUCGACCAGGAUGCUGUCCCGAAAAAAAACCAAGAACGAAGUGUCCAAGCCUGCCGAGGUGCAGGGGAAGUACGUUAAGAAGGAGACGUCCCCUCUGCUGCGGAAUCUCAUGCCUUCAUUCAUCCGGCACGGUCCAACAAUUCCAAGACGAACUGAUAUCUGUCUUCCAGAUUCAAGCCCUAAUGCCUUUUCAGCUUCUGGAGAUGGAAUAGUUUCAAGAAACCAGAGUUUCCUUAGAACUCCAGUUCAAAGAACACCUCAUGAAAUAAUGAGAAGAGAAAGCAACAGAUUAUCAGCACCUUCUUAUCUUGCAAGGAGUCUAGCAGAUGUCCCUAGGGAAUAUGGCUCUUCUCAGUCAUUUUUAACAGAAGUUAAUUUUGCUGUUGAAAAUGGAGACUCUGGUUCCCGAUAUUAUUAUUCAGAUAAUUAUUUUGAUGGUCAGCGAAGGCGCCCACUUAGAGAUCGUACACAUGAAGAUUACAGAUACUAUGAAUACAACCACGAUCUCUUCCAAAGAAUGCCACAGAAUCAGGGGAGGCAUGCUUCAGGUAUUGGGAGAGUUGCUGCUACAUCUUUAGGAAAUUUAACUAACCAUGGUUCUGAAGAUUUACCCCUUCCUCCUGGCUGGUCUGUGGACUGGACAAUGAGAGGGAGAAAAUAUUACAUAGAUCACAACACAAAUACAACUCAUUGGAGCCAUCCUCUUGAGCGAGAAGGACUUCCUCCAGGAUGGGAGCGAGUUGAGUCAUCAGAAUUUGGAACCUAUUAUGUAGAUCACACAAAUAAGAAGGCUCAAUAUAGGCAUCCAUGUGCUCCUAGUGUACCUCGGUAUGAUCAACCUCCUCCUGUCACGUACCAGCCACAGCAAGCUGAAAGAAAUCAGUCUCUUCUGGUACCUGCAAAUCCAUAUCAUACCGCAGAAAUCCCUGACUGGCUUCAGGUUUAUGCUCGAGCUCCUGUGAAAUAUGACCACAUUCUGAAGUGGGAACUCUUCCAGCUAGCUGACCUGGAUACAUACCAGGGAAUGCUAAAGUUGCUUUUCAUGAAAGAACUGGAACAGAUUGUCAAAAUGUAUGAGGCCUACAGACAGGCUCUUCUCACAGAGUUGGAAAACCGCAAGCAGAGGCAGCAGUGGUAUGCCCAGCAACAUGGCAAGAAUUUUUAAGUUAAUUUUUAAAAAAUAGAAUUUAAGUUUUAUAAGGGCUUAUUUUCACAGAUAAAAACCUGCAAACAAUUACUUUGAUUAAUAAAUGAAGCUUUUUAGAAAUUAUAAUAUUCUAAUUUUACAUGUAUUUUGUUAUUAAAAAUACGUACUCUUAUUGAGCAAGAAAUAGAAAAAGAGUUUAUCAUUUUAAGAGCCACCACGGAAAACUUCUAAGUGCUGCAUAUUAAGAAACUGCUUUGAAUAUUCUCAGUGGAGACAAAUGAAGCAAGAAAUGUCAUUAUAAUUAGAUAUUAAAUAGGAAAUGAUCACUUGGUAAACUCUUACAGUAGCAGUACCUUCUUUAAAAAACAGAGAUAACCUAUGCAGUAUUUAAAAAAAGAUGUUUACUGCUUUAGUGUGGAACAUUGUCUGGAACUGAAUGCUUUAAAUGUUACUAUUGUGUAUAGUUCAAAACAUAAAGUGGGAUUUGGGACUUGUUUUGUGAUAAAUUUUUAUAUCUAAUUUAUGAGAUUUCCUCCCCCCUCCCCCAAUAUAAAGAACUCUUUUAAAUGUGAUGAGAAAGUAUUUUUGUGGUAGGAAAGGGUGAAGGGCUUGUAAUCUUUCAGGAAUAAAUUUAGGCAAAAAGCCUUAGUCUGUGUGGGAAAGGUAUGUACAGCACUCAAAGUUGCUAAUAUCACUUCUUUACUUUUGGCCAGGGCUCUUAUGGCAUUUAGGAGCAUGGCUCUGAUCAGACAGUGGAGGGUUCCCUACAGCAUAGCAUGCUGCCAUCCUAACAAGGUGGAUUAAGCUGCCAAAAAUGACAAUCAGGGAUUUAUUAAGAAAUCUUGGUCAAUAAAUUGAUUUUACUUAAUCUCUCUUUUUUUUUAAAGAGUUUGUCAUGGAACUUCAAAACCCAGUAUUUCCUCCCAUUUUUUCCUUUUGAUUUAAUGCUUACUAAGACAUUGUUCUUAAUUUGUGUAGUACAUUUGAUUGCAGACAAAUUAAUGGCACUUCUAGCCUAUAAAUGUUUAGAAUUCCGUGAAUUUCAACAUUAGUUGAAGUAGCUCUUCAGUUAUAAUUACAUGUGUUGUAAAUAUGUGAAUAUAUUUUUAGUUUAGGUGAUCUUCCAAAAUACAAAGCACUCCCCGUUAGAUAGCAAUGAGUUUGGAUUGUUGAUAAAAUGUUGGAAAUGUUAAAUGUUUGAUUUUAUACAACAAGCUUAUUAAAUAUAUUUUUGUGGAAACUAAA